AGAAAACAAAGCCUUUAUUCCCGCAAAACCCUGGUCAAUUCUCUUUAGUUUACAAAUGGGUCGACCUGAUCAAACUCCGAGUCCGAAAAUGCACAACAACUAUAAUCCGAUGUUUCAUCCAGAACCUGCACCUGAACCACCGGUUUACGAAAAGCAAAUGGUCGACACCGAGCAGAAAUAUCCUCACAAUGGUGGAAUGGUAAACCAAUCAAGCGGAGUACCAAAUAUGCCCAGACCGGUUCAACCUAUGUAUGUCAAUCCCGGUGGAAUGGGUAACCAAUCAAGCGGAGUACCAAAUAUGCCCAGACCGGUUCAACCUAUGUAUGUCAAUCCCGGUGGAAUGGGUAACCAACCUUAUGCACCACAAAUGUCCCGACCGGUGAAUAUUAACCAACCAUCAAACUGGACUUCAGGGCUUUUUGAUUGCAUGAAUGAUGGUGAAAAUGCAAUCAUCACAUGUUUCUUUCCAUUCGUCACAUUUGGACAGAUCGCAGAAGUCACCGAUGAAGGCGCAACAAGUUGUGGAACGGGUGGAAUGUUGUACGGAUUAAUAUGUUGUUUGUUUGGGAUACCAUGUGUUUACUCAUGCACAUUCCGGGCCAAGAUCCGAAGCAAGUUUGGGUUACCGGAUGCUCCAGCUCCAGAUUGGAUCACUCAUUGCUUUUGUGAAUAUUGUGCACUUUGCCAAGAAUAUCGUGAGCUCAAGAACCGUGGCCUUGACCCUGCCAUUGGAUGGAGUGGGAAUGUGCAAAGGCAGCGAAUGGGUCAGCAGCAAGAGAUGAUGGCUCCCCCAAUGGGUCAACGGAUGAUGGGUUGACUUAGAGAUUAAUUUUAUUACCCAAUAUGCUUUUGUAUUAUCAUGUGUAUUUGUUUUCUGUACUUAUUUUAUUUUGCGACCAAUAAAUAAAUGUCAACUAAGGCUUUUCGAUGACGACUUUCGUGAGCAUCCAUGAACUAAUCUUUGUUUUGGUGUCAAGGUCUUUGCUACAAUUUCUGUAAAUGAUCAUAUCACUCUGACAUUCUUUUGAAAGUCCAAAAUAAUAAAAC